AUGUGGAAAGUUUGGAAGGAUUUGGGCAUCAAAGGACACUUUGAACCUACAGACUCCGACUGGCUUAACGCAUCAUACUUGUUUUACGAUGAAAACCAAGAGCUUGUACGUGUCUACAACAAAGACUGUGUUCGUCUGGAAAAGCUAAAAUACGAUUACCAAUAUUCCCCACUCCUCUGGGAAAAUGCCCGAUCCAUUCCACCACUCGUUCCAUUUAACAUGAAGUCUGUUGAAACGGUUAAACAAGUGCCCGACGUGAAGUUCCCAUUGAAGCUAGACACGAUAACGAAGGUAGUGGUGAAGAGGCCAGCCAAUAACCGAAGUGAGAAAGACAAGAAGAAAGCAAACGAGCUGUUGUUGAUUGAAGGAAUCAAGUUUAAUAGCGACACGUUCGUCAAGUUUGAUGUGCUUGUGAAUGUCCAAGACGAUGUCAGCGCAAUAUCUCCAGAAGAUAGUGAGUUUGCAGGUAGUUUCGCGCAGUUGCCCCAUAACCAUAGGGACGACAUGUUAAUGACUAGUGGGGCAAGGUUUGGGUUGACGGAGCUUUUGGAGGACAUUCAGGCCGAGGAUGAUGAGUUUAUUUUGGUGACUUUGGUGCCAAAGGUAUGGUUUGACGAUGUGACCAUCGACGAAAUCAAAGUGGAGUUAGUUCCUAUUAUUUAA